GAGCCGUAACGAUUGGCCCGGGGAGGCGCGGGGCGAGCGGGGUAGGCUGCGCGAGAGGCCGAGAGGGGGCAGCAGGCGAUGGCGGCGGCGGUAGCUGAGGCGGGUCGGUUAGGCUGGUUGUUCGCCGCGCUCUGCCUGGGCAACGCCGCGGGGGAGGCCGCGCCGGGCCCGCGAGUGCUGGGCUUCUGCCUGGAGGAGGAUGGAGCGGCGGGCGCGGGUUGGGUACGCGGAGGGGCGGCGCGAGACACGCCGGACGCCACCUUCCUCCUGCGCCUCUUCGGCCCGGGCUUCGCCAACAGCUCUUGGUCCUGGGUGGCCCCGGAGGGGGCGGGCUGCCGGGAGGAGGCGGCGGCCCCCGCGGGCGAGUGGCGCGCGCUGCUGCGCUUGCGCCUGCGGGCCGAGGCCGUGCGCCCGCACUCGGCGCUGCUGGCGGUGCGCGUGGAGCCGGGUGGCGGGGCGGCCGAGGAGGCGGCGCCGCCCUGGGCUCUGGGCCUGGGGGCGGCCGGGCUGCUGGCGCUGGCAGCGCUGGCGCGAGGCCUGCAGCUGAGCGCGCUGGCGCUGGCGCCUGCCGAGGUGCAGGUGCUGCGCGAGAGCGGCUCGGAGGCGGAGCGUGCGGCGGCGCGGCGUUUGGAGCCCGCGCGGCGCUGGGCCGGCUGCGCCUUGGGCGCGCUGCUGCUGCUGGCCAGCCUGGCGCAGGCGGCGCUGGCGGUGCUGCUGUACCGCGCGGCCGGCCAGCGUGCGGUGCCCGCCGUGUUGGGCAGCGCGGGGCUCGUGUUCCUGGUGGGAGAGGUGGUGCCGGCCGCCGUGAGCGGGCGCUGGACGCUAGCGCUGGCGCCGCGAGCGCUCGGCCUCAGCCGCCUGGCCGUCCUGCUCACUCUGCCCGUCGCGCUGCCCGUGGGGCAGCUGCUGGAGCUGGCGGCGCGGCCCGGGCGGCUGCGGGAGCGGGUGCUGGAGCUGGCGCGCGGCGGCGGCGACCCCUACAGCGAUCUCAGCAAGGGCGUGCUGCGCUGCCGGACCGUGGAGGACGUGCUCACGCCCCUCGAAGACUGCUUCAUGCUGGACGCUAGCACCGUGCUGGACUUCGGCGUCCUGGCCAGCAUCAUGCAGAGCGGCCACACGCGCAUCCCGGUGUACGAGGAGGAGCGCUCCAACAUCGUGGACAUGCUCUACCUCAAGGACUUGGCCUUCGUGGAUCCCGAAGACUGCACGCCGCUCAGCACCAUCACUCGUUUCUACAACCAUCCGCUCCACUUCGUCUUCAACGACACCAAGCUGGACGCUGUCCUGGAGGAAUUCAAGCGAGGGAAGUCCCACCUGGCCAUCGUGCAGAAGGUGAACAACGAGGGUGAAGGCGACCCCUUCUACGAGGUCCUGGGCCUGGUCACCCUGGAGGACGUGAUCGAGGAGAUCAUCAGGUCCGAGAUCCUGGACGAGUCUGAAGACUACCGAGACACCGUGGUGAAGAGGAAGCCUGCUUCUCUGAUGGCCCCUCUGAAGCGGAAGGAGGAGUUCUCCUUGUUCAAGGUGUCUGAUGAUGAAUAUAAAGUAAAAAUCUCGCCUCAGCUGCUCUUGGCCACCCAGCGCUUCCUGUCCCGAGAAGUGGAUGUAUUCAGCCCGCUGCGCAUCUCUGAGAAGGUCCUGCUGCACCUGUUGAAGCAUCCCAGUGUCAACCAGGAAGUGAGGUUUGACGAGAGCAACCGGCUGGCCACACACCACUACCUGUACCAGCGCAGCCAGCCGGUGGAUUACUUCAUUCUCAUCCUGCAGGGCAGGGUUGAAGUGGAGAUCGGGAAAGAGGGUCUGAAGUUCGAGAAUGGGGCCUUCACGUACUAUGGAGUGUCGGCCCUAACUGUGCCAUCCUCGGUUCACCAGUCCCCAGUGUCCUCGCUCCAGCCCAUCCGCCAUGACCUGCAGCCCGACCCAGGUGACGGCACGCAUUCAUCUGCGUAUUGUCCCGACUACACCGUGAGGGCGCUCUCUGAUCUGCAGCUCAUCAAGGUUACGCGACUGCAGUACCUCAAUGCACUCCUGGCUACCCGAGCCCAGAACCUGCCACAGUCCCCUGAGAACACCGACCUGCAGGUUAUUCCAGGCAGCCAGACCAGGCUCCUUGGUGAGAAGACCACCACAGCGGCAGGUGAGUGCCGAGUGGUACAUCGUGCACGGUGUCUGCACCUGAGGGCCAUGAGCUCACACACACAGACUUGCACUCUCGCCGCCCCCCCGCCCUCUGUCUUUUUUCUCUCUUUUCUCCCCAUCCUUUUCCCUUCUUGAUAUAUAUCUAUAUAUCUAUAUAUAUCUAUAUCUAUAUACCUAUAUAUAUCUAUAUCUAUAUAUCUAUCUAUAUCUAUAUCUAUAUAUAUAUAUAUAUAUAUAAUUUUUUUUUUUUUUUUUUGAGAUGGAGUCUUACUUACUCUGUUGCUCUGUUGCCCAGGCUGGAGUACAAUGGUGUGAUCUCGGCUCACUGCAACCUCCAGCUCCUGGGUUCAAGCAAUUCUCCUGUCUCAGACUCCUGAGUAGCUGGGAUUACAGGCGCCCACCACCACGCCUGGCCAAUUUUUGUAUUUUUAGUAGAGAUGGGGUUUCACCAUGUUGGCCAGGCUGGUCUUGAACUCCUGACCUCAGAUGAUCCGCCUGCCUCACCUUCCCAAAGUGCUGGGAUUACAGGCAUGAACCACUGUGCCCAACCCCCUUCUUGCUUUUUUUUUUUUUUUAAUUCUUCAUUAUUCAACUUGAACUUCUUGCUGUCUUUAAUAGCAUGGAUGACACCAAACUAUAGACUAACUGGUAUUUAGAGUAGAGUAUAGUAAGUCGGUAUUUCUCUCAAGGACGUCUUAGAAUGGAUUGACUUAAUCAGAGAUUUGUUGGGAAGUGGGAAUAAGUUUUAGUUCAGACACUCUUUUGGCCAUUUAAGAUUAAGUUUAGGUCACUUUGAGUCAGCAGUGGCCCUGGCUUAGAGGGUGUGUGGCUGGCAGACACCAUCCUAGACACUAGAAGGGCAUUUGUGAAGAGUUUGGUCAGUUCAUACUAAUAUUUAAGCGUGGCCCAUCCAGUGCUCCACUGCGAGCAGGAAGAUUGUGUUGGAAGAAAUUUUGCAAAUGGAACUAAAGGUUGUGGGAUAUGGAACCCCAUCCCCACACUGCAAGGAGGGAGGUGAAAGAGUCUGAAGUGUAGGCUGUGGGUAGGAGUGGUGAAGGGUUUCUUGUUCUUGUUUUUCAAGAAGAUACUUUAAUUCUGAUUGCGUUCCUAAGGUUGGGGUCAGAGAUAUGCCUGAACUUGAGAUUCCUGGAAGAGCUGGUGGGGCUGUGGAGGGAGCUGCAGGCUUGCUUCCUCCCACCCCCACCUGCCCCACCACGAGGAAGACAAGCUGUUAUCAACGCUUCCUCUGCCAGGCACUGUGCUAGGAGCUUCCAUGUCUAACUCUGCUAACCUCCCCGUGGCCAGAGGGGUGCUAGCUGUUCUGCCUGUUCUACAGGGCAGGAAUGAGAGCCAGAGAGAAGGCCCAGGGACUCUGACCUGCUUCCUGUAGGCCUCCCGUGGAGCCACUGUGGCUGCUCAGACCCACACUCGAGAGCACAAACAUGUUUUUCUAAUAGUCCUUUCUGAAUUGUGAGGUCACAUGCAGGUGCAAGGGACAGAAAUCCCACCCUGGGCCAUGUGGAUGCUUCAGCCCCUGUGGGCUCCAGAUCUGGGUGUUGGCAAAAAGGCAGCAGGUGAGGUCGUGCUGCUUAAGUCUUGGAUCUGGGGAUGGGUUGCAUCUAUUCCUAAAGAGAUCUCUCUAAGGAUGAUGCUGCACUUUUUUUUAAGAGAUAAGGUCUUGCCAUGGUGCCCAGGCUGGCUUCAUACUCUGGGCUCAAGUGAUCCUCCUGCCUCAGCCUCCAAAGUAGCUGGACGAGUAGCUAGUGCCGCACCUUUUAGGGUUGUUGAGGCUUCUGUGCUUACCCACUGUGAUGGUUUCUUAUUGUAUGGGGUGCCCCUUCUACAGAAGUUCACAUUGUCACAUUACACUGGGGUCUCAGAGGCCAAGGUGUUGUGUUUUAAAAAUGGGAGUGUUUUGGUUUUGGUUCUCCCACAUGUGAGCCUUUUUCUGGCUCACUGCUACUCAGACUGCACGUGUUGUAGUGAAGAUACAGACCUAAUCCCAGAAUAAUGCUCUUCCCAUCACUGCACACCCGGAGAUUUUUAAAUAAUCUUCACUGGGCCGUCCUGUAAGAGAAUAGUUGAUAGUGGCUUUGUGGGUCAUUUCCUCUUUGUAAUGGAUUAUUCUCUAGACACAAUGUUGGUUAUUUUCACUUAAGUACAACCUGACAGUUGCUUCAGUGAGGCUGGCCUGCUGUCUUUCUGUUUCUUGCCUGAACUCGGGUUGUCCUGCAUUUUGUCCCGUGAGCUUGGCACUUCACUGUCCGGAGGAGCGUAGGGCCGCUGCACACCUGGAGAUUUUGGUGGGGCACUGCUUAAAUCAUGCAGAUGAGAACCAGUUUCUGGAGACCUUGGCACUAGACGCCCAGCAGAGAAGUGCUUUUUUGAGACUUGGAAGACACAAUAAUUUUAAAUUGCCUACAGCAGGGGUUGGCAAAUAGUGGUGCAAGGGCCACAUCUGGCUAGCAGCCUAUUUUUGAGAAUGAAGUUUUAUGAGAACCCACACAUCCGUUUGUAGAUUGCUAUGGCUGCCUUUGAGUUACAGCAGUGGAGCCGAGUAGCUGUGACAGAGACUAUAUGACCUACAAAAACUAAAAAUAUUGGUCCUUUACAGAAAAAGUUGUCUGACCCCUGGCCUACCAUUUCAAAUCCUGGGUAGGUCCUCCACGUCAGUUCUUCAUGGAACUGUAUUGCCGAGGGAAAGGCAGUCCCCACACUGUGCAGCCCUCCAUGUUGUGCUCCUGGCUUUCUCUGCCAUCCUGAGCCGCAGGCUGUGGGGCAGCGCAGCACCAGCACUGCAGCUGCCAGCUCUCCCUCAGCUUCCCCUGCCCGGGGCACCGGCCCUCUCCAUGGUGCUGCCCGGAGCCGAGAGGCACAACCAUUUCUGCUCAAUAGCUUCUCCUCUUCUUUCUCUCUCUGCUCUCUUUAGCCUUCCCAGUAGACCUUUCCUUCUUUGGCACAGUUGGAAACUGCAGUUGAUAAAUGACUGUGGACUAGUGCGUGUUUUUUGUUUUCAGAGCACACGCAAGGUAAAUAUCUUCCCGCUCCCUGCCCCUUCACUUCCCUUUCCUGGCCCUUCAGCUGAGAGAGGAGCAGAGCCCACGGCUCCCCAGGCUGGGGGGCAUUUUUCUCCAGGGGUGUGGGGUGGGCGCUCCCUUCCAUCCUUCUGGAAGACAGGAGGGGUCGUGAGACUCCUCCACUGUGGAAAAUGGUGCUUCCUUCCAGCACAGGGUGCUGUAUUGUCCCGGGAAGGUGCCUCUUGUUCAGCAUAAUGACCUGGGACCCUCGGGGCCAGAAAUCCACAGCCCCAGCUUCCCCAUCUCCCAGGGAAGGCAUCUGUUAGCUGACCAUCUGCUAACCAGUCGCUCCUGUUUCUGCUCUGAUACUUCCCAAGGCAUCCUGAAGCACCUGUCUUAGCUGCCCCUUCCUGUCCCACAGAGGAUUUGGCACUUGGUUUUGACAGGAUACUUUACCAGCUUUGAUGUUAAUUCUCCUUCCCUUGUCUCCUGUAGGGUCCAGCCACAGCAGGCCCGGCGUCCCGGUGGAAGGCAGCCCUGGGCGGAACCCAGGCGUUUAAUGGCUCACUAGGCAGCCCCAGAUCUGGGGAACAGAUGAGCACGUGGGGAGCUGGAGUGAGCUGAGCAGAAGUUUUGUGCCCGCCUGCCCCCAUCCCCUCCAGGCCACGUUUUAGAUGGCCCUUGUAGAUGCGGGUCCUGGGUGUCCUCAGAACUAGACAUCAAUGCCUGAAUCCUUCAGCCGGCCCUGCCCUCCUUUAGGAGACAGGAGUCACCAGGGCACAGCCCUCCAGGCCCGCCUCAGGAAGGAACGAAAGGAAUGCCAUCAUCUCUAGUCCCCAGGGCCCAGCCUUCCCCUUCUCCCCCAAGGCAGGGACAGUGCAGCAUAUUCAGAUUCAGACCUCUUUGGGCCGAGCCACCUUGUGAGUGCAGUUACUGCCUUUGUGUGGCCGUGACCUCUAUUUGUUUGCUUUUAAUUUGCCAACCUAUCGCUGCUGGCAGCACUUUUUGAGCAAGCCGAGAGCACCCAUUUUGGCUGGGGGUUCAGAUCGAUGGCCUUGUCCAUGUUGUCCUUUCUGGCUUCCCUGACGGUGUCAUGUUUCAGCACAUGCGCCCCAGCCUUUCCCAUGUGCCAAACCAGAAGCUCCACUGCCCGUAGGCUGUCCCUGUAGCCCUGCUCCCUCCCUGGAGGCUGCUCUUCUGAUUCUGAGAGCUGGCCUAGUGGUGCUGAGGGCCCCUUUCUGCUUCUCUGCCCACCUGCUGAGUUGCCACUCGCAGUGUUGUCAGUUCCCGUGUUCUGAGAAGAGGUCAUGCCUGGGAGGAAGGGAUCGUCAUGCUGCAUCGAAUCCUCUCUCCGCCGUGUGGCCCCCAGGAGAGUAGCUGCCUGUUGCACCUGCUCCACACCUCCCCACAGCCUCCCUGCAGGUGCUGUGUGGCCGUGAUGUGCAGAGAGCAGUGAGGGAGGGUUCAUGAACCAGGUGGAUCCUCUUUAAAAAAAAAAAUCCGUUUUUGUUAUAUCUCUAGAACAUUUCAAGUCUUUUCCUUUUUUUCUGUUCCUAGCUAUGGGGUUUUAGAGAAGUGGGAACAGGAAGGCAUUUGUCUUUUUCUUCUAAUUUACUACAUUUUCCUUCCGUAGUUCUUCAGCUGUGUGGAAACGGGCAUCACAAGGACAUAGGAUCAUAGAUUGGGUAGGGAGGGAGGAGGAUUUCUGGAACUUUUCUCAAAGGAAUUUGGACCCUUAUAAAUGGGACUGGAGGUCAAAACAACAGUGGUAUCCUUGCUUAGAAAUUGUCCUCAAGGAAUAAACUCUGAGAGCAAGCCCGGGUUGGAAACAGAUGCUUUAAAAUCCUCUCUCCAGAACAGUGGUUUUUUGUUUGUUUAUUUGAGAUGGAGUCUCACUCUGUCUCCCAGGCUGGAGUGCAGUGGUGCGAUCUUGGCUCACUGCAACCUCCACCUCCCAGGUUCAAGCCAUUCUCCUGUCUCAGCCCCCUGAGUAGCUGGGAUUACAGGUGCCCACCACCACACCCGGCUAAUUUUUGUAUUUUUAGUAGAGACGGGGUUUCACCAUGUUGGCCAGGCUGAUCUUGAACUCCUGACCUCAGGUGAUCUGCCUGCCUUGGCCUCCCAAAGUGCUGGGAUUAUAGGUGUGAGCUAAGAUCAGGGAUUCUUAACCUUGGCUGCACACCAGAAUCACCUGGCAAAUUAAAAAUACGUGGACCUGCCACCAGAGCUUGUGAUUUAAUCAAUCAGAGUCGGCAUCAGAGUUUUCAAUUUUUUAUUUAUUUAUUAUUAUUAUUAUUUUUUUUUUUUUUGAGACAAGAUCUUGCUCUGUCGCCCAGACUGGAGUGCAGUGGUGUGAUCACGGCUUGCUGCAGCCUCGACCUCCCUGGUUCAGGCCAUCCUGCCACCUCAGCCUCCUGAGUAGUAGGGACUACAGGUAGGCACCACCACACCCAGCUAAUACUUUUAAUUUUUUUUUGUAGAGAUAGGGUCUCAUUAUGUUGCCUGGGAUAGUCUCGAACUCCUAGGCUCAAGCGAUCCUCCUGCCUCGGCCUCCCAAAGUGUUGAGAUUAUAGGCGUGAGCCACCGUGCCCAGAUUCACAGAAGAGUUUCAUACACCUUUCACCCAGGUUCCCCUAAUGUUAACAGCUUACAUAUAACCUUGGCACAUUUAUCAAAACUAAAGGUGCAAUCAUACUAUUAGCUAGAGUUUAUUUGGAUUUUACCAUUUUUCCCAAUGUCCCUUUUCUGCUGCAGCAGCCAAUCCAGGAUGCCAUACUGCACUUAGAGCUGUUGCUUUCUUUUUUCCUAACUUUAUAUUUUGAAAUAAUUUCAGAUGAUAGGAAGUUGUAAAGGUAAGGGCCCCACGCACCCUUCAUCUAGUUUCCCUCCAUGGUUACAUCUUAUAUGGUUGUAAUGCAGUAUUCCAACAAAGACUUUGACACUGGUGCAAUGUGGGUGGACAGUCCAAAUCAUUUGUCACCUCUGUGUAACUACCACUGCAAUCAUGAUAAAGAAGUCCCAUCCCCACAAGGAUCUCCCUCCCCACCUUCCCUAACUCCUGGUAACCACUAAUCGUUCAUCUCUUAUUUUGUCAUUUCAAGAAUGUUGUAUAAAUGGGAGCAUAGCGUGUAAGCAUUCGGGAUUGUCUUUUUUCACUCAGCAUCAUUCUCGGGAGAUCAUCCAGGUGUUGCAUGUGUCAACAGUUUGCUCCUUUUUAUUGCUGAGUGGUAUUCCGUGGUGUAUGCAUUGGCCCCCUGAAGGACACCUGGGAUGUUUCCAGUUUGGGGCUAUUCCAAAUAAAGCUGCUACGACUAUUCACGUA